ACUGCACAAUCUUAUACACAGGCAGCAACUUAGCAAUACCCUACUUAACUUAGGUUCUAAUAUCUGAAGAUGGAGGCAAAAAGAGCAAAGUUGGAUGAAGAAGCGUGCCAUGACACUUCAGAGGAGAGCGAUUUUACAAUUAAAGUCGGUAAGGAAUCGUUUCCAGUUCAUAAAAAUAGACUUAUCAUUGCCUCUGAUUAUUUUCAAGCUAUGUUGACUCAUGAUACUAAAGAACGACAACAGGGUGUCGUACAUAUGAAGGAAGUUGAACCAGACGGUGUGAAAUUUUGCAUUGAAUUUAUCUAUACUGGUGCCACAACUGUUACCAUGGAAACUAUGCCAAAUCUUCUGACUGCAGCUAGAAUAAUGCAACUCGAUGUUCUCAUUAAAAAUUGUGUUGGAGUAUUAGAGGAAAACUUGAAAGCUGAAAACUGUAUUUCUGUGUUAAAGUUGGCAAGAACGCAUAGUUUUGCUGACCUUGAGGGAAACGCUUUGGAACUUUUCAGAGAAAAUUAUAAAUUUGAAGAGUUUGGAGAUUUUGCUGAACUUGAGAAAUCAGACUUUGUGGAACGUAUCUCUGAUUUUAGGUUGAGAAAUGAAUUGGCCUGGGAAGUUAUUAUAAAUUGGAUCAAACUCAAUGUUAAAGAACGAAGCAAAGAUAUUUUUGAAUUUGUGAAACUAUUAGAUUGGAAAUAUUUACCUACCGGUACAUCAGCACUUUUGAAGAAUUUGUGGUCAGAACCGAUCUUCCAAAAUUCGAAGCCUUGCAAAAAAUUUCUUUUUCGACGCAUUUUUUCAGAUUUGGAUGAGUUGAAACACUUUCUUGAUGUUGAUAAUUUUUUUCUUAUCAGAAGUAUGUGUAUUGCUUAUCAAGAUGUAACUAAACAAGGUAAAAAUAUCAUUGAUGAGUAUUUGAAGAUGAACAUUGUACAAUUAUUUGAAGUUGACCAGUCAUUGUCUUUGACAAAAGAUGAGUUCUUUGCCGCGUUUUUGGAUCAUGACACUUCAUGUCUUUGCAGUGAAGAAUUGUUUUGGAAGAUUGCUGUCAAGUGGUGCAAACAUGAUCCAACCAGAAGAACUUUGUUUCCAAAACUAAUGGAAGCGAUUCGAUUUGACCGCUUGGACAAAAGCUUCAUAGCGACAUCAGUUAGAAAUGAAACACUUUUGACUGAAAGUCAAGAAUGUGUCAAGAUUUUCAUUGAUGCUGUCAAUUCUCAGAUAUUAAAGUCGAAUGAUGCGUCAUACAUAGCUGUUCUCUACCCAGAUGGUAAAAUUUUUGCAAAGGAUUUAAAGUAUAAGUCAUGGCAUUAUUUACCUGAUGCACCGAAGGGUAAUUUUAUGCAAAUUUUUUCAUUGCAUGACAGGUUAUGUCUCUUCACAGACGGUAAAUUGUGGUAUUUUUCAGAGAAAGAUGUAAAAUGGGUAGAAAGAGCCCAGCUCACGGAUCGCUGUCCAAGAAAUGCGAAAAUAGUCACAAUCGAUGACAGGGCUUAUAUAGUAGGGCCUAACCUAAUGUGUUGUUAUGAUUCCGAUACUAAUAAAUGGGAUGAGACAUUGCCGACCACAGAUCUGGAUAUUCGUCAUGAUUUCUGUGUUGUUCGUCAGGAUAAUGAUAUAUUGGUCAUUAAUGGAAACAAACAAUGUCAAGAUUUUAACACUCAGUCAAAAACUUGGUCAAAAACGAAAGAUUUUCAAAAAAUUUCCAAGUUUUCAUCUGCGGCCUAUCAUCAAAGUACAUCUUAUAUUGUUGGUUUGUCACAUCAAACUGACAGAUGGAGUGAAACAUAUGUUAAGACUAGUCGUUAUAAUAUUUUAGGGGCAUGGGAAGACAUAAAAAAUAUUCCUGUCGAUCUAAAUUCGUCACAAGGUUGGCUAUUCACUACCGGUGAAAAUUUAAUUCUUUUUGCAUCUGGUGGAAUUUAUGUUUAUCAUGAACUUUCAAACUCAUGGGUAGUUGUUGCAAAUCUUCCGAAGUACAAUACUUGUGGAAAAAAAGGACUAGGUCAAGUAAAGCAAUUGGAUCCAAACUCUCUUUGUUCUUUCAAAGGAAACUUGGAUUGAUGUGGAAGAUGGACAUGUUAUUUUGUUUUUGACACAGAUGACUGGAUAUGCUUUAAAUAUUAUUUCAAAAUAAGUUUGAAUUAGCAAAUAUCGUAGCUUUGGCCAUACCUUUGUUCUGAGGAAUUAUGGAAGUUAGGACCGGAAAAAAAAAUGAAAAUUUGUCAAACAGCUAAUUAUUUUUACAUAGAAUAAUUUUUACAAAGUUUUAUCAGAGGCAUAUGUUAUAUAAAUAUUAUGGUCAUAGAUUCUCAAAAUAUCGUCGGUGCCUUAACCUAGAGUAGAACCUAAAUAGCAUCAAUCUAGAACCUAAAAGAAAUACUAUAAUAAUUUAUCAAAAAAGAAAUAAGCACGGAGCACACAUUUUAUUUGUAUAUCAUCUGACUUUCACAUUUUCUGCUUUUCUAGCGACCAUCGUGUAUAAUACUUGUUUUAGUCUUGAGAUUUCGAUUUUAGAAGUUGUAGAGUGAACACAAAACUUGCAUUAAAUCAAAGUAAUAGUUAAUCGAUUUGCUAAUAUUUGAUUAAUAUGGUUAAUUAAUUAUUUCAAAUAUGUCAUUGAUAAAUAUUUUUUCUAAUGUAUUCAAUGGAUUGGAUUUACAUAUUUAUCCUGGGAAAAGAGGGAAGCCGAUAAGACUGCUUUAUCAUAUGGUGAACCCAUGAACCCCGACCAAUAUAUUAUGAAAUAGACAAAUACUGCACUCACCAGCAUUUUUUAAUUCAUAUUAAUUCAUUUAAUUUAAUUUUAAUAUUUUUAGGAAUUUAUUUCAUCAUUAUAUCCCACUUUAGAUAUCAAUUUGUCAUUUCUUCAUUUUACACAGGAUUAUGUUGUACAUUUAUUCUUAAAUUUAAUUGAGCCACUGUAGAAAAUAUUCAUUUCUUUUUCCUUUCGAUUUCAUGUAUAAAAAUUUGAGUACUCUUGUUGUAUGUGAACCAAGAUGGCGGACACCGGAACGUAGUAUGUUUACCAUGUUAGGGUUAGGCCAUAAUUUUGGGUACAAACACUGCGGGAGUCACUUGGCUUGUCUCCGUCAACCGUAAUAGAAUUAAAUUGGGAUUAAAUCAGGUCCUCACCCUAUCCUGGUACACAUACUAUGUUCCGGUGUCCGCCAUGUUGGUUCACAUACUACGGGAGCGCCAAAAUUUGUUUCUAAAGUGCAGAAUACUUAGAUUGAACAGUGUUGGGUAUCUCGCACCGAUUCCUAGUUUUAAAAUUUCUUUGUUUCAGGUUAUACUCAUUUUGAACUCCUGAAAACUUCUAAACCAGGUGUGUGCAACCUUUAAUACAGGAGGCCAGAUAUGAAUAACUGGGUGAAAUCGUGGGGCCGCACCUUUUUUUCUUUAACAUAGGCUUCCUAGUAGUCGCAGACAUAAA